GUCAAACUUCAUAUUACGACAAUAGAGGUUCAAAAGAUUAAAACAAUUCUAGUCAUUAAAUCCCAAAAAUAUGGCAGAAACAGAGGUCAAAGAACAAAAAGAAGACCCAAAGAAGAUUGUGCACACUUACCCUUUUAUAAGGCAUUCUGAUAUGCCUGAAGAAGCCAAACUGGAAACUAUGGAAUUAGUCGUAACUGCCUGCGAGAAGUUUUCGAAUAGCAACGAGGCGGCAGCCAAGAUGAUAAAAGAUGAAAUGGACAAGAGAUUGGGGCCUCCGUUUCACGUAGUCGUAGGCGAAGACUUCGGUUUUGAAAUCUCGUAUGAAUGUACUAAUUUGCUUUAUAUGUUUUUUGGUGGUAACUUGGCUAUUGUCAUAUGGAAAUGUGAAUAGCUUUUCCAAGCAUGAUUAAAUAAAACAAUAAUUUUUUAAGCCCUAUAUUAGUAAUAAUAUAACCUUUAUAUACCAAGAUAUAUUGAACGAAUUUAAUGACUCUUUAAAAACGUCAUUAACAUUUUUGGAUUUUAAAUAAACCAAUAAUAAUACUACAAAA